AUGGCUUCUCCGCUUCACCGACAUUGCUCAUCCUUGGAUGAAGUCAUCUUUUCCGUCCAGCAAUGCAUGACACCAGAAGAGCAUGAUAAAGCCACGAAGCUUUUUGACAAGCUAAUUGAACAUUUCGAGCUUUUACAGACAUCGAACAAAGAUUAUAGACCACUAACACUUAUACGCCUCACGAAAGAGGAGGUCUCUGCUGAAGAUGAGUUUCUGAUCCUCUUCUUCACUCUCAUCGAACACGAUCAUCUUGGAGUCACAACAGAAAUCAGAGUAGCUGAGGUCCUAGCAAGGUUGCACACUUUUGAGAGAUGGACUUUCGAAGAGCAAAACAUCCUUCUUCAAUGUUUAGUCCACUUCGCCGAUUAUCUGAUAGAUAAUUUCUUCUUACCACUUAAACUAACAGCCGCGAAGGCUACUCAACCUACGAUGAUAGAUUCAUUAGAACCAACUAUUGGUACUCCACAGCACACCCCUGAUCUACGACAAGCCUGUCUCACGCGUGACCGCCAUCGAUGUGUCGUGACCCGAAAGUUCGAUAUUCGGGAGGCUGAAAAGAGAUGCAAGGUACUAGAUGGAGAUGACGUGAAAGACGAUGACGGGAAUCCUUUACUGCAGGAAGCCAAAGACAUGACCUAUCUCGAAGUAGCGUAUAUCAUUCCUCAUUCUCUCAUGUCUCAUAGUGAUAUACAUAUUGCUAGAGAAUCGAAAUUAGCUACUCACAAGAUCCUAAUGAUGUUCGACCCAAACACUAUUUCCUUCAUCAACAGAACUAACAUUAACCAACAACAUCUAAACACGCUAACCUUAACUCACGACCUUCAUCACUCAUUUCGUGCUUUCGAGAUCACCUUCGAACAAGUCCAGGAUCAUCCACACACAUACACAAUCAACUAUAUCGACCCAAACCGCAUGUUCCGAAUCCAUAGACUUCCUCUCACCCGCACGCUCUAUGCCACCCCCAACGGAAGUAUAGAACCACCAUCCCCUCAACUUCUGAAAGUCCAUCAUUCUAUCGGGCGCAUUCUUCACUUCAGUGCUGCGGGCAAAUAUAUUGAUAAAUUCAUCCAAGACAUGGAAGAUAUGGAAGAAGGAGGGGGAAUCUGCUCGAAUGGGUCUACUCGCGUUGAUGAUUAUGUUCGAUGCGUGGCUUCUGACUACAGUGCUUGGUAUGCUUGGGUUCUGAAGAGCCCGUUUUUUUAG